AACCAAUGGGCGAGGAAAAUGAGGCUGUUCUUCUGACGUCAUCCUGGCCGGCCAAUCAAAGGGCGCGUUGGUGGGAGGCCUCACGGAGGGCGCGCCCGGAGGAAGGAAUGCCGGAGAAAGGAAGCUUGCAGUCAAGAUGGAGACAGCCAGCAGCUCUGCUGCCGUCGUUGGGAACGGGGAUGUGGGGUCCCAGCGGGACCGCAGCCUGGUGCCUGAGCGGCUUCUGAGACGAGAACAAGAGAGGCAGCUGGAGGUGGAAAGACGGAAGCAAAAGCGGCAGAACCAAGAGGUAGAGGAGGAAAACAGCGACUUUUUCGCUGCCGCUUUCGCCCGGGAGCGAGCAGCCGUGGAAGAGCUUCUGGAGCGCGGGGAGUCCGUUGAACAGCUAGAGGAGGCGGCCGCUCGGCUUCAGGGGCUGCAGAAACUUCUUAACGACUCGGUUUUGUUCCUGGCCCCAUACGACGUGCGACAGGGACAGGAGGCGCUAGCGCGGCUGCAGGCGGCCCUGACCGACAGGCGCCAGCAACUGCAGCCCAAGAAGCGUUUCGCUUUCAAAACCCGGAGGAAAGAUACUGCUUCAGCCACCAAAGUAGAUGCGGUUCCUGGCGCCCCGGCGGCGGAAGGCAUCCUGGCCUCCCUGCAGCCCUUGAAGGAGGAGGGAGACUUCGGCUCCAGCUGGCUCUGCGGCUUCUCCAACCAGAAGUCCCAAGUCUUGGAGAAGAGGGCGGAGGAGUUGCACCAGCGAGACGUCCUUUUGACCGAACUGAGCAACUGUACGGUCAGACUGUAUGGCAAUCCCAACACUCUGCGGCUGACCAAGGCGCGGAGCUGCACAGUGCUCUGCGGCCCGGUGACCACCUCUGUGUUUCUGGAUGACUGCAGUGAGUGCGUGCUGGCCGUGGCGUGCCAGCAGCUCCGGGUACACACUACGAGAAACACCCGCAUCUUCCUGCAGGUGACCAGCAAGGCCAUCGUGGAGGACUGCAGUGGGAUCCAGUUCGCCCCUUACACCUGGAGCUACCCGGGGAUCGACAAAGACUUCGAGGGCUCUGGUUUAGAUAGGAGCAAGAAUAACUGGAGCGACAUUGACGAUUUCAACUGGCUGGCCCGGGAUGUGCCCUCGCCAAACUGGAGUAUUCUUCCCGAAGAAGAGCGAAUGAUCCAGGAGGACUAAGCAGUUGCUACUCUUCACUCCUACCAAAUUCUUUCUAUGUGGGACUGGUUCCUACAAAUGGGACCCCAAAGUUUAUUUAUUGUUGUCUCACAGUGUAUGUUUUGAGUAUUUAAGACUUGAAAUUGUGAUAGGCUCCUAUUUGUGACUUCCAUUAAAUUCGCG